AUGCUAUCUAAGUUGACGGUUCUCUUGCUCGCCAGUGGCGCUAUUGCUACUUCUGAGACUGCAAAGCACCAGUGGGGUUGUCCUAGAAUCCAUAUCUUUGGGGCACGCCACACAGGUGCAACAGAUGAUUAUGGCGGCGCAAAGGAGGUUGUGGAAUUGAUCCUAGCGUCUAACCCUGGAGCGACGGCCGAACCCAUUCAUUACCCUGCUAUGGGAGCGACUAAGGAUGAAUUCGCGUGGUCUGCCCAGCUGGGUGUUCAAGCUGUCACUAGUCAGGUUACUGAAUUUGUGGAGGCAUGUCCUGAUACUCAAAUUGUCCUGGUUGGGUAUUCCCAGGGCGCAGAAAUUAUGGAUGACGCCCUGUGUGGUGGCCCUGAUCCCACAGUGAACAUCAGUAGCACCGAACCUACGAUAUCUAGUAUAGUUGGGUUGCAUGUCAAGGCUAUGAUCUGGAUGGGCAAUCCCCGUUAUACAAUUGGUGCGCCUUUCAACCGAGGAACAGCCACCGCAUCCGGGACCCGGUCUCGAUCUAGAAACCUAUCCUGCGCCCCAUAUACAGAUAUGAUCCAGUCAUACUGUGAUAAGGGAGACAAGUUCUGUACCGACGGCGACUCCGUGGCGAUACAUGCGAGCUAUGCUGCUAAGUACAAACAAGAUGCCGUGGACUUUGUUGACUUGCAGCUUUCUUAA